GCGGUGGCAGUGAUGACAUUGCUGAAGACCCUCGACGCUUUGGGGCCAUUGCUGUCUUAACCCCUACUGCCUCCAAUGCUGCAGCACUUGGUGCGGAUUCUGCAAAUCUCUCAGGGAUGGUUGUAUUUCUCAACAAGACGGAUCAUGGAAGUCCUUUGGCCACUCAUGUCAGAUUCACGCCGGCUGGGCCAUGUUGUCCAGACCAUGACUUGACAUUGAGCAUAUUGUCAGUCCUUUCCCAAGUCUUUCCUCCCUGUCUGGAUGCCGUGUCCACUUGAGCUGACCCGCUGCCCCUGGCCCAGCUGCACCGGAGACCUGAGCGUACCGUGGACUAAAUGCAAGCUGUUCAACAGCCUCACUCUGCCAACGAGAUUCUCUGGUGUCGACGCCGAUAAUUCAGGAUUUACAGAGUUCCAGCUGCCUCAGCAUCUUCUUCUCUCUGCCGACGAUUGUGGUGUGAUCGGACGCCGCGUGGCCAUAACAUCAUUAGAUUCUUCGCAGCUUUGUGUAGCUGAGGGCGUCAUUGGCUUCAACACGGCCCCUCUUAUGCCAUCGUUACAAGCUUGAAGGUGUCAGUCUGCCGAGCGCAGUCUGCACAUAUGCAACCUUGAGAAGGUUUCCAGGGAGAGAGAGCGGUGAGGCCAGCGUCCAAUUCUUUCUACUCGUACAACACAUAGAAAGGCGGGCCCAAUGUUGAGAGAUAAGAGAAGCACAGAAUCACAGAGUCUGGUCUCCUUGCUGUAUGAUUACUUUAUGAAGACAUAAUUGUGGCUGAAGACGAGCAUUCCUGGUCCUGUACAUAGCAUUACCGAACUGGAUUCGUUGAUCGCUCAGGGAUUUCAAUGACGAGAUCGUUACAAAUCAAAACUGUCGUCGUCGUCGUCGUCGUCGUCGUCGCGGAUCAAC